AUGCAGUACUUGUCCUCUAUAACAAAUAAGAAGAUUUUAGGUGUUGGACCACUUAUAGGACAAAUUGAUCAAAACACUAGUAGUGGUGACAAUAUUUCUCCGGACGAUUUGGAUAUCAUUCAAUGGCUAGACAAAAAAGAUCGAUUUUCAACUGUUUACGUUGUAUUUGGAAGUGAAAAUAUAUGGUUGAAGGAAAAUAUUCAACAGAUUGCUCGUGGAAUCGAGCUAAGUAAUGUGAACUUUCUAUGGGUACUAAGGUAUCCAGGACGCGAUGGACGAAUGUGUGAUGUUGAAGAAGUUUUGCCCGAAGGGUUUGUGAAAAGAGUAAAGGACAGACGAAUUGUUGUGUCAAAAUGGGUGUCAUAUGCCCAAAUCAUGAGGCACCCGAGCAUCGGAGGAUUCUUGAGUCAUUGCGGAUGGGAAUUCUACAAUUGA